CGAACUCUUCAUGGACUGCUGUUACAAGGGAACUUGAAGUGAGAGGGGCCAGAUCGUGGGAGCUGCAAAGAGGACAGCAUGCACGAAGUAACAACCAAUGGUGGAUAAACUAGCUGCAAAUUACUUCAGGAUUCUAGUGCUUUACAAGAAAAGAUAUUAUUGAGUGAAAGUGAAUAUAUAUAUAUUUAUACGCGACUUUGACAAUAAACUAUUAAUUCACGAUGGGAGAAUUACCUGUAAUGAUGCUAAUGACACUUCUAUAUGGAGGUACAAUUCAUCCAGAUACAAGUACAAAAACACAAGGUAGCAGUUGGAGUUAUCAUGGUAAUUCAGAACCAAAUAACUGGCAUAAGUCGUACCCCACGUGCAGCGGUAAUAAACAAUCGCCAAUUAAUAUCAAGACAGAGGAAGUCCUUCCCGUCAAUUGGUUGAAGCCUUUCGUUUACUAUAAUUAUCCAUCUGAUUCAGCCAAUCAAGUAGCAGCUACACUUGUGAACAAUGGUCACACAGCGAGUCUGGCCCUGGCCUCCAAGUGGUAUGUAGGGGGAGGUAACCUAAAGGAGCGGUACCAGGCGGCGGAGGUUCAUUUCCACUGGGGUGCGACGGACGAAGGCGGGGCAGAACACAGUGUCAACGGCUACAAACAUGCUAUGGAGGUUCAAAUGAUUUUCUUCGCUACCAAAUACGGAAAUAUGACGAAUGCUAUCAGACACCAUGACGGACUGGCAAGCAUUGCCGUCUUUGCCGAUGUUUCGCCCGAAGAUAAUCCUAUAUUUGAAGACCUUAUUGGAUCGCUUCAUACAGUAUCCGAAAAUGGGAAGACCUCUGACCUGCUUUCUUUCCGGCUGACGGAUUUCCUGCCACGAGACUCCCAAACGUUCUAUCACUAUAUGGGCAGUUUGACCACCCCACCAUGUCAUGAGAGCGUCAUGUGGUAUGUCAUGAGGGACCACAUCUCGCUGUCCAGUCGACAGGUUGAUGCUUUCCGGUCACUCAAUACUGGUGUCAUUGGGGCGGAAUCAAAUACAGUGGAAAGGAUCAGAGACAAUGUUCGACCAGUUCAGCCUCUCUUUGGUAGAAAAGUAUACAGCAGCAAACGCCCCCUUACAGUGCCUCCACUAAGUGCAUUUACAAAACACUUAAUAAAAAAGAGAGCAGUAUCGGGGGCAAUAAGACCACAGUUCAAGUUGUCUGGUAGAAUCAGCAGCCCGUUCAGUUUUGCUAGAGGAAGGAAAUCAAUGAGAAGAAUUGCACCAGCAGUAGUAGAGGAAAGAGCGCCGCUUAGUGUUGGUCAUUUCUUUGGUCAAAAGAAGUCGGUAUCAUCUAUGAACACACAGGUUCAGCCAAUAGCCAACAUCAAUCAAAAGUCUUCACACACUAAUCACAUAAUCGAACCUGCCGCCGGUAGUGGCGGCGCUCCUGCAUGGAAAUCACCGCCGUCAUCAGCAGGUACCGCCUCUAAGAGCAACUGGGCGUGGCCUGAGACAAAGACAGCGGGAUCAUGGUCACCUGGAAAAAAGGAGCCCAACGUCCCUCCACCUCCGCCAACAGAAUUGUCAACAACAACAACCAGCAACUUCGAAUUACAAUUCAAAAAUGCAAAUGCAAACAACAAAAUAAAUACACAAGAUCUGACAGGCAAUGUCCAAUUUGGUGCAGUUCAAGGAAUUUCUGUUCAGCCAUCUGAAGGAUCUGCAAGAGGCAAUAGCAUCAGUAACACUCCAAAAAUAGGAGGCACACCAAAUGCACCACACAUGCAAUUUGCAGUACAGCCUGAAGUGCAAGUGUCGAAGAUUGGAGGGGCAGAAACUCGACCGACGACAGCAGCCCGUGCCAAUCCAACAAUGUCCGUAACAGUACCUGCUGCUGAAACAACUUUGUCGCCGAUAACACCUGACCCAUCCUUGGUUAAAGAUACUAGAAUCCCUACGGCAGCGACUCUACGAGUAGAGAGACAACGCAUUGUUUAUCCCACAACAGUGAGUCCAAUCAAUGCCCACCAGACAUGGCCAAUUACUGCAGCCGCCCCUACGAAUGGAAUUCCAGUCAAAACACCUCAACAGCAACCCCGUAGGUGGUCUGCCCGGCAGAAUGAACCAGUAGCACCUGCAGAGCCAGCAUCACAAAGCAUUCCAAUACAUGACCCCACAUUUGUUCCGCCUACAACUGCACAAACGCCACAAACAACAACACGCGCAUGGCAAUCCCGCGUGUCCGAGCCAGCUAUACAAGAAACACCUCAACGUUUGUGGCAAUCUGGAGUGGCUGAUCUGACAAAAGAUCAGCAACCAAAUGGAAACAGGUGGCAGGCAAGUGCUUCACAGUCAUCUUGGCAAUCAGGGGGUUCUCAGGUGUCAGGAUCGGUUCAGCAGAAGACAUGGAAUUCACCAGGGUCAAGGGGAUGGCAAUCUCGUUUUAGACAACCGGCACCAGCACUCACACAAAAGACUCCGUCUAAAAAGGAGUGGCAACCAAUCGCAUCUAACCCGACAACCAAAAACCAGGGCAACGCAGCCGCGAGCAGCGUGCCUAGAGAACGACAAUCAGUCUGGAAAAACGAUCGGAACUGGCAGAAUAAAGCACAAGUACCAACUGUUUCACGACCACAAAAUACAGCAAACAAGUGGGAAGCAAAAGCGCGGACACCUGCAGCAACCCAGGCCGCUCCACAACCGUCACCAACACCAUCAGGUUUGCCUAACAAUUCGACAAUAGAAGACGCCGUUGGAUGGUUUGUUGCUCAAUUAAAAAGUGGCGCAUUCCAAUCAAGACACCAGCAGCUGUGGGAUCUACUUGAAUCAGCUAUAACGCAAUAUAAGAAAGACACAGCAAAACCUGGCAUGAAGCAAAAAAUAAGUGAACUAAAUGCGAAAUUGCAAAAGCUUGGAGGUAGAUUGAGAAAUUCAGUAACACUUGCUCCGAAUCCACAAACAUAUAGCCAGCACCAAAAUGGACAAUCACCAUUUGUGUCUUCUCCAGAAAGUCCCCAAGAAGCACAACCCGUUGGUUCCUACGUUCAACCCGGGCACCAACAUCCUCAACAAGCGAGAGGAUUCCAGUACCAUGAAGUACCACCACAGCGAUCAGCACAUCGGAAGCACGACCCUCCACGCUCUCGUUAUAACCAGGACGUAAAGUCAGUAAACUCAAUGAAUAAAAUCGAUCGAGGGGUAAAUGCAGGCUCAGUUUUGCUUAGCAAUCUUCACGGGAAGAAUUCACCAGACAUUAUAACAGUGCCUCAAGAUAUCACUGUGUUCACGCCGGUGAAUGGCGGAAUUCCAGACGCAACACCCGUUCCAAAUCACCAGACAUUGUCGAGCUCAAUUAAUAACCCCCAACAAAAACACUUGUCUAGAAAUGCUGAAUUCAACGUUGCACAACCUAACCAGGUGCAACAACAUCAACAGGGAUUUGAACCUAAUGCAGCUGAGAACUUGCCUAUCACUACAACAUUCGAGCAAAUAACAACAAUGGCUACACCUACAACUACUAUCAAAGUCUUCAGGAAAAAACCAACGUUUUCCGUUGGAAAUAGUAAAACUGCUAGUAGUUUCAAAAUGUCAGGAGGAAGUCGAUUUUCUGCAAAAUCGUUUUCUGCUCAUAAAGCGAAAUCGUCGUUAUCCUUUUCUCCGAAAAGGAUUGGUACUUGGUCGGAUCCUGCUGCUAAAUUAAAAGAACAGCUUCAUUUACGACAAGAACAACAACGAAUUCAGGAACAAAAGGAACAAGAGAGAUUACAGCUAGAACAGCAACGUCAGGAACAAUUAAGAUUACAACAGGAACAGCAACGUCAAGAACAAUUAAUAUUGGAACAGGAACAGCAACGUCAGGAACAAUUAAGAUUGCAGCAGGAACAGCAACGUCAAGAACAAUUAAGAUUGCAGCAGGAACAGCAACAUCAAGAGCAAUUACGAAUACAGCAGGAACAGCAACGUCAAGCACUAUUAAGAUCACAAUCUCAACAACAAAGUUUCCAAAGUCAACAGCAACAACAUAUGUUUAAUCCUACAAAUAAUCCUUUUGAACCACAGCAACAAUUCCAACAAAAUCAUAAUCAGAUGCAGCAAUCACAGCAACCACAGCAUCAUCAACAACCAAAUUUUCAACACCAACAACAGCUUCAGCCACAGGAAAUUCAACAACAACAACAACAACAACAACAACAACAACAACAACAACUUCAGCAACAGCAAAUUCAACAACAACAACUUCAG